AUGCCCAAGAUCGUCCGCCUCACGCUCUUCAAGAUCCCCGACCAAGACCUGGUCAAGGAAGCCAUCCAGAUGUACAACACUCUGGCCCAGGACGCGAAAAAGGACGGCAAGAACUACAUCCAGCUCGCGCAGGCCAACGCCACCUACGACGACCAGCGCAGCCAGGGCUACACACUACUCGCCCGUUGCAUAUUCGAGUCCAAGGAGGACAUGGACUUUUACGACAACCAGGAUGAGGCCCAUGCUAAGAUCAAGGCGCAUUUCAAGCCAAAGGUCAACUCACCGCCGCUGGUCAUCUACUCGGACAUGUCCGACUCGGAGGAGACGGUAGACACACAAGUACCACAAGAACCAACAGAGCACACCUACGCUCCCGGGGUGAUGCCAGAAUGGUGGAACUCUACCUCUCCUCUAUCAUCCCCACCAUCGUCACACUACUCGCUUGCUCCAUCCCCUCCACCCACUGCGGUUCGAACACGCGGCAGCCGAUCCCGCACGCCAGCACCAACGCGCAACAGCAAGGCCCGGAAGUGUUUAUAUGUACCCAAGAAGAAAGACCACUUUGAACAUCCCCCACAAGACACAACGUCGUCUUUCUACUGGCCCGAGGAUGCGGAAGGUGACACUGAAGCAGACACUGAAGCAGAUACAGACGACGCGAAAGAUGAUUCAGAAGGGCCAUCAUCGCCCGCGUUGUCAGCGUCGUCAGGAUUGUCCGAUAAGGAUACAGAAUCACCCCCUACAUCUCCCAUCGUCAAGACUCCAACACCUAAAAAGGACAAGAAAGGGAAAAAGGACAAGGCAUCGCCAGUAAAGUCCAAGCCAACCCACAAAACCACGGUAGGCGGCAGGAUCAAGAAGAACAAGACACCGCCAGUAAAGUCCAAACCAACACAUAAGACCCCAAGACAACUCAGGCUCGAGGAGGCAAGCGCUUUGGUCAAAGUGCAGUGCAACGGUCGGACGAAGAAGAACGCCCAGUGCGGGCACCAGAAGACUAUGGAAAGGGGUGAGACGUGGAACUGCGGUCGCCACAAGCAGUGA